AUGGCGCCAGCCGCACACAGCUCGUCUGCCGGGCGACUGCGCAGCGAGGGCGGUGGCGUCGACUGCCUCGUGGAAGAGGCCAGCAAGCCUGGGGUGAAUGCGCUCCCUGAGCUAAGCACAGCUCGGACAUCAUGCCCUGAUUGCAGGGGCCCUUUGCAACCGGUCCAGCAACGGAGUCCCGUGCGCUGCGUCAUCGUGGCUGAACCGCAGUGCGUUGCGAGGCACCACUUUGCCAAGCAAUGUGUUCCAUGUAGUGCGGCUGGUGCCGUUCGGAAGUACUGGUGCGGCUACGUCGAGACGUCUGCGCCCGAACGCCAGGGAGCCUUCGUGAAAUCCAUGGACAUCAGCGCCCCCGCGAAUCCUUUCUUCAUGCUCAACAAGUCUUUCGGCAUUGAUUCGGCCUGGGCCAAACGAUGGGGAUAUCGCCUGUAUGCCCACCGCGCUUCUUUCUCAGGCGAGGCGCAGAUCCUGCGAGCCCUCGAACCCGACGUGCCCAUCGAGACGCUGGAGCGAGGUUUGGAAUCAGCAUGGAUACGCUACCAAUUGUGGCAGCGGGCGGCGGAGAGCGCCCCCAGCACAAAAAAGGUGUUGGCCAGCUCCUUACUCGAGAAAACGUUGGAGGAUCUUCUGCGCGAGAACAUGGGCUGGUACAAGCCAAUGAUGGCAGAACGCCGGCUUCAGGCGUGGCGGUCGAGCGGGGACAGACUGGACAUUUGUGCAAUGGACGGUAAUGCGAAGCUGUGCCGGCGCACUUGUGGAGCGCCUUGCGCAGAGGCUGUGUACUCGGACGAGCUCGGGAUGCACCUGGUACGCGGAUGCCCAGACACGCCUCUUCAGAAGGGAGUCCUGUGUCGUCGGCACCAGGAACUAGCGGCCGUUCCAAGUCAGACGGGAAUAGGCACCCAUAUUGAAGCGCAUCGUGUGCUGGCACCGCUGGCGACCGUAGCUUUCCUGGACGUGGAAGUUCGGCUCGCGGGAAGCGAUCGUUUUCAGCCCGCUUGCACGGUGGACAACGACCUCGUGCAGUCCUACUUCGCUCGCAACGCCGAGGUGGUUCUGCAAGAGCGGAAACGUCGACGACAAGAGCGCCGUGAUCUCCGUGUCGGACGGGCGCCAGCGUUCUGUCUCGGAGACUGGGCUUCCCGCGAGCCCAAAGACAAGUGCUCCUGCAAGACACACAAGGAAUCUAUUUCGGCAGUGCGCACGUCUGCGCGUUCAGCGGGCAUCCUGACCGCGGUCUCGGAGACUGGAGUCAUCGGCGCCUUCGAGGAGGUCAUCACAGCGGAGACCCUGUCGCAGCGUUACUGCUUCUUGGCCAAGGUGGCGGCCGCUGUCCCCGAGCUGAAGACACUUGUGCAUGACGAUGCGUGCCACGUGAGAGUGUUUGCAUUAUGCAGGGGUGCGGAUGCGGCCGAGGGCAGCAUGGCUGCGCGUCUUGGCGGCUUCCAAUUUAUUCUGGAUCGGCCCCACAGCCUCGGACAUGUCGACCCGACGUGCCGCAACGAGUGCUUCCCCACAGUAGCAGCCAACGAGGCAACGUUGGGAAGUUUCCCGACUCCGAUUUGUGAGUCAGUGAAUGCUCAACUGUCACCUCUAGCGCAUACAGUGCACCACAUGGGUAGGUGGGUUUGCUCGUUUCUCGUGUCCGAACUCGUGGAAGUGCACAACAUGUUCCGGGACGUAGGCGCCGCGCGUGAAAGUGCCAGGGCGCAGAGGAGGGCGCAGAAGAAGGCAAGGCGACCGCCGCCUCCCGCUGCAUUGCCGGCCGAAGUCCCAGAAGCAGCGCCUGCUGUGGAGGCUGCGGUCGGGGACGGGGCUGGAGGUGAUUCCGCAGCGCAUGUGGUGCGCCGCAGAAAACUGCGGCAGUUCUGGGCAGACGCCGCCGCAGCGGGAGACAAGUUCUUCGAGUGCCAGGCGUACCAAGAGCGUUCCCCCAGGAACCAACUUGGGUUCGCAUGCGCUGGCGCCCGAAUUGUUUUCGGAAGCACACUUGUAGCUGGUGUAGCUGUGUGCGCUGCGACUGCGCAGCGCGAUGUGAACGCCGACGACACUAAACGCUUGCUCAAGCAAGUGCCCGAACAUUUGCGGGGCGCUCUCGCUGAGUUUUUGGCACCGUCGUCCUCCUUUGACGUCGUGCACAUGGACGUAAUUUUUGACUUGCGGCCCUUGGGCCUCACGUGGGAGACGUUGCACGAAGCCCUCGGGGCGAGACCACUGAAGCAGAACUGCGGCUGGCCGCGUCUGCAAGGCGAGAAUGUUUCGAAUCGCUUGGACGAGCUGUGCCAGCGACCCGGUGUCAUCGUCAGGCGGCCGCCCCCGCCUGCGCUCGGGUGA